UGUAGCAUCACGACUCUGGUGUUGGCUGUUCCAUCCGAGUCCCAGUGUACCACAUGGAAAUCAGCAUGAAAUCUCCUCUGGCCAUCCUUCUCUGCUUCUCGCUUUCUCUGCACAUGGGAGUGGAAGGGGCACCUAAUGGUACGGAAUCUCGCGAAGAAGAAACUUGGAGACUCCAGCAACCAGGUCCAGAAGUAGAACAACCUGUCACUGUAGAAAGCCUCAAGGAACAGCUGAAAACGGCGAUAGAAACGAUGCAGAGUACGAUGGCUAUCGCAGGGGACUGUGUUAAUCGACUCGGAGAAGAAAGAAACAAGAUGCGCGAGAAAUACUCGUAUAUCGGAAUUUUGUACCUUUUCUACCUCCAUCAGGAGAUUCUCACGAACCGACACCUCAUGAAGGAGCUCCUCAACGUUUCUCAGAUGGUAUGCCAUUUCGUACCGGCGCCGGACCUCAGCCCCACGCCACUGCCUGCAAAGCCUUGCAAUGAUCCACCCCCAGGAUUGAGCAAGAUGAUUCGAGGAGUUGACGUUACAAAGUUGGACUUGUUUCCCCUGGACUUCUCCAAAGACGAUGGCUUCAGAAAACCCAUCGUUGACUUCACCUGCGACAAGGGAGCCACGGUUUCCAUCAACGAGAAAAACUACGACAUACCGGAACAGGUAUCGAGCGUGACGCGCAUUCCGGGUGGUUCAGUCUUAUCCGGAGUGCAGAUCUUCAAAUCCCACCGGGACGUGAAGCGUUCCAUGGCCGUCGAAGCGGGCGCUGAGCUGACCCUCGAGACGUUCGGAUUCUCAUCUAGCUCCUCUUAUCAGCACAUGCAGAACACCAUCAUGAACACGUCACGCUACAUCGAGGAGGUGUCUUCCUUCGAUUCUGCCGUGCAGGCCGACUUAUCCUUAGAGGAGGAAUUGAAUCUUGGCAAAUCUGCCAAAUCGUUCGUCGACAAACUGCUGCCGGCAAACUUCACCGAUGAUCCUGGUCCUUAUGAGAAAUUCAUCGCAACUUUCGGCACGCACUAUUUCCAAAACGGAAAAUUUGGAGGCGUCAUCAAGCUGAUAAUGGAGACUAAAUCCGAGUAUUUCGAUCAGAAAACCGAUGAGCAGAUCAAAGCAGAGGCACAGACGUCCUACUCGGACCUUACCAUCAAGAUUGGCUACAAGGACUCAAUCGUAAAAAUCGACAAGAAGUUUGAAGAGAUGACCACAAAACACGCCAGGUACUAUGGCGGCAACACAAACUUGCUUGCAUCCGAUGGGAUGCAGAUCUGGCAGCCAACGGUGUUGUCGGACCCCUGGCUGUUCUCAGGAAAGCUGUCACCCAUCAGCAAUCUGAUCCGGGAGGAAAGGAAACGUACUUCCAUGGAGCAGGCAGUCACCAACCACGUACUGCACGCCUAUCUUGGGGAGCUGGCCAGGAUCGUUCAAGCGAUUAACUUAGGUUGUAAUUCCAGAAAGAAGUGUGUCGGAAUAUUUGGGACUCUGACCAUUUUUGAUAUUUUGACGAGAGAUUCGCUCGAGACACUCACGGCCAGAAUCACCGCACUCCAAGGCCAGCGUCUGCUGGACAAGACUGAAGUAGAGGGCCUUGGGAAGGAAGUGGAGACCAUAAGGGCAUAUGAGGGCAUAUUGUCGCAUCGAUUGGACGAAGAUCCUUACCUCCUCCUCACCUCUAGGACAUUCCCACGUCCAAAAAUAGCCUUUGGCAUUGAGAACCUUCCUCGGGACAUAGAGUAUGAAGGAAAAAUUAGAAGGAAGUGA